UCUCACUGAUGCAGUUCUGUGAAAUGCUUCAAGUAGGUAAGCAGAGUAAAAAUAAUUAGUGAAUCAUUUCAACUAUUGCAGUGGUAAAUUUACAAGUUGAUAUUUUUUUGGGAUUUUGAAUUACACUGAUGAAGAGUAGAAAUAGACUACUGUACUGAACAAGACAAAAUUAUCACAAGUGGGAAAGAAACCACAAAUUUAUCACUUGCCUGGAUGUAAUCUAUCAACAAUUAGCUUCUAGACCCAACCAUAAUUAUCUCAAUUUUUUUAUUACCAAUAAUUAAGCCACUAAAACAUCUACACAUGUUUUGACUGAACCAAGCAAACACUUCUGUCCACUAACUAGGAACUCACUGACAUACUCGCAACAAAGAAUUUAUCAAGACUAAGACACGUAGUGAUGGCGUCAAAGAAGCCUUCAAAUGUCAAUGCAACUUCUAGUAAUUCAAAAUUGAAUUCAGAACCUAGCACGUCAACUCUACCUGUGACUAAAAUAAAAACAGAACAUGGAUCACCAAUUUCUGUUACUCGACUUCCAUCAUUUCGAGUUCCUCGAGACUUGACAUUAGGUAGUAAUAUCAAGUUAGAAAAAGUCACUAAAAAAAUUUAUACUCCAAAUAUUAAUGUUCAAAGAAAUAAAAAAACAGAAGAUACUUCAGCACCUAAAAAUGAUUCCAAUGACAACAGAAAUAGACCUAGAGCUCGAGGUCGUGGUGGUCCAAAUGAUCGUGGGAGAGGACGAGGAAAACCGAGUAAUUUAAUCCAAUCAUCUGGAGUGUUUUCGGAAGGCCUCGCUGACUCAAUGGGACGUCCUGGUAGAAGCAGUGGUGGAUAUAGAAGCAGUUCUGAUGAUAGAGAAGCUAAACCUGUAUUAGAAAAGCCUAAACUUAAUUUAAACUACACUGUAGAUAAAGCUGAGGAAGAAAAAAAACUCAAAUUGUUAUUACGAGAUGACUUUGUCGAACAUGAGAGCGAAAUCAAUACUGAUUAUAGUCCUAUAUCAUUGCCAUUAACAGAAGAAGGAGAAUUACUUAAAAGUGAAAUAAAGAAUGACGAGAAACUUGAGCCAAGUGAUGAAGAAAAAGAAGAAGUCGACCAAAAACCAAUAAUUCUAGAAAAUGGAGAAGUUGCUCCCCCACCGAGAUUAAAGAAGAUUAAAAAACCUGUUCCUUUGUUAACCCCAAAAGUAGAGAACAAACCUACAACAGUUCCUCAGAUUAUAGACAAUCAAUCGAACGGAUAUUUAAUGCUCCGGUUUCCAGAUUGUCUUCCAGGAUUUCGUAGUUAUGAUGAAACGUCUGAUCCGCGGUCUAAAGAUAAAAAUAAUGAACAAUCAAAGGAACAAAAUAAAACUGAGGAAAAGACUGAAUAUUGUACCUUAAAUGAUUUGAAAGCAGGAUUCUUGGGUAAAAUACAAAUUCAUCGGUCUGGUAAAGCAAAACUCAUAUUAGGAGAGAACAGUUUAGUGAUUGACGUAGGAUCUCAAUUAUGUUUUCGACAGGACGUGGUUGCUGCAAAAAUUGAUGGUGUAAAUAACGAACUAGUUAAUUUGGGUCCAAUUACUAGCACAUUAAUUUGUACACCCGACUUUGAGUCUAUGCUUGAUAAAUUAUAAAUAAAAUUUUAUAAACAACUA